AUGGACUCAAAUGAUUUCGCUGUCACCAAAUCGGAGGAAGAGAAUAUGUCUCCUUCGUCUCACGCAGACCACCUAGAACGGCUUCACACUGCAGGCGGACAUGUGAACGAUCGAAGCCAGCCAGCUCUUCCUGUCUAUCAUCGCACGUUUGCGAGCCCCUCUCCUCUGGGACUGAUCUCCUUUGCCACAGAUAUCUUUCUGAUUUCCGUGUUCGGGCUCCACGCCAGGAGUAUCUCAGCGCCUAAUGUGAUGAUUGGGUGUUUGGUAUUCUAUGGUGGUGUUGGUCAGUUCAUUGCCGGCAUCAUGGAAUUCAUCACUGGAAACACGUUCGGUGCCACUGUAUUUUCGUCGUACGGCGCGUUCAAUUUAUCGUAUGCAAUGAUUUACCUCCCCGGAACAGGCAUAUUGUCUGCAUACACUGAUGCCGCUACCGGUGUCGUGGAUCCAAGUUUCAACCAGGCGCUGGCGUUAUACUUGUGGGCGUGGUUUAUCGUGACCGUGGUAUUUACCAUCGCAGCAAUACGAUCUUCCUGGGUUCUUUUCAUUGACUUGUUCUUCUUGGACAUUUGUCUUUUGCUUCUGGCUUCUGGCUUCAUGGCCAACAUCAAUGCUCUUCUGACUGCCGGUUAUUCUUUCGGGCUUGCUGUUUCGUUUCUCUCUUAUUGGGCCGGUUGUGCUGGACUAUGGGGUGGUGGAGUCACCCCUAUCAAACUACCAACAUUUGAAAUGUACUCGGCUGUUUGA